AAACAUCAGGCAAGUGUUGGCAUGGCAGCACCAACAACGACGAGCGACGAGUGCUGCAUGUGUGGGGAUCAUGGCUUGUCUGAGGAGCUCCUUCCCUGCAAGAUUUGCCAUUUCAGGUCUCAACACAGGUACUGUAGCAAUCUCUACCCCAAGGCUAAGUCCUACCGAGUUUGCAACUGGUGUCUGGCUCAAAGCCAGGAUGGAUCUCCCACGAAGGAGAAGUCGAAGAAACUCUCAAAACCUUCGCUGUCCCGCAAGAACGGGGCUCGUGGAGAGGAGAGCAAUAAGAAGAGCAAGAAGAGGAAUAACAAUGGCAGAAAGAUAGGUUGCCAUGAUGAUCACGGUGAGCCGAAAGGCGGACUGACUAAAUCUUUGCAGUUCCCGCGUGCUAAGAAACACAAGAAGCUGCCGGAGAGGUUGGCUCCGACUGCCCGGAAGAGGAUCGUCACCAAUGGUGACACGGAAGAGAAGUGCGGCACUGGCAUCAGAAAGCGGGCGGUAUUGAGGAGCAACAGAGUCGUCAGAAGGUAUAAACUCUUGGAUGAAGUAUCAAGCUGAUGGCGAUGCCAUUGUACACAAGUCGGGUCAACCUUCAGUUACAUCUGCUGUAUACCGCCAUGUACAUGAGAAAUGGUCAUGCUUUCUGUUCCAAUUUUUGUGGAGCUUGAUUUCUCCCAAAUGGGAUUUACCAGGUCGUUUGACAUCAUUAAUGUGGUCAUCGUGAGAUGCGAG